AUGGCUCUUCACAACUUUAUAAGAUGUCAUUCCAUGACAGAUCAAGAAUUCCAACCGUAUGAUGAUGAUGAUGAGCUACUUCCCUCUGGCGGGGCGGGAGUUACUAUAGGGGAAGAGAUGGUUGAAGAACAAAAUCUAACCCAUGGGCAUGAGAUGGCUGACGAACGUGAGAGAAUUGCAAAUCUUCUUAUGUCUGGUUAA